CUGCAUACAACGUCAUCCACAAUUCACACUAAAUUUUGAUAUCAAAUCCCAUUCCAUCCUCAAUUAACCGAGUUCUCAACUAGUACAUCUAAAGAAAUAAAAAUGUCGCUGAUUCCAAGUUUCUUUGGUGGCCGAAGGAGCAACGUUUACGAUCCAUUCUCCCUCGACCUUUGGGAUCCCUUUAAGGAUUUUCCAUUUUCUAGUUCCGUUUCUGCUUCAUUCCCUGAAUUAUCUCGUGAGAAUUCUGCAUUUGUGAACACACGUGUGGACUGGAAGGAAACACCAGAAGCACACGUGUUUAAAGCUGAUCUUCCUGGACUGAAGAAAGAGGAAGUGAAAGUUGAAAUUGAAGAUGAUAGGGUUCUUCAGAUAAGCGGAGAGAGGAGCGUUGAGAAAGAAGACAAGAAUGAUCAAUGGCAUCGUGUGGAACGUAGCAGUGGUAAAUUCAUGAGGAGAUUCAGAUUGCCUGAGAAUGCUAAAAUUGAACAAGUUAAAGCUGCCAUGGAGAAUGGUGUUCUCACUGUCACUGUUCCAAAAGAACAGAUCAAAAAGCCUGAUGUUAAGUCCAUUGAGAUCUCUGGUUAAACUCGGAAGUGACUCUCUUGCUUUUGUUUGUACCCAUGUAAUGUUAAUCUUUUGUGUGAUGAUGUCAGUGCAAGAGAUAUAUGUAAUGUGUGAAAUAUUUCUGCAUGAAUAAAUAAGUAAAUAGUUAUUGUUCUUCUUCUUGAUGUUAA